AUGGAUCAUUACAAGGUUCUAGGUUUACACAAAACAGCAUCUAAAGAAGAAAUCAAAUCAGCAUUCAAAAAACUCGCUUUUCAAUUUCAUCCAGAUAAGCAUUCUCAAUCGCCAAAAGCUGUUAAAGACAAUGCAACGGCUCGAUUCAAACAGGUUUCCGAAGCAUACGAAAUUCUCAUGGAUGAUCGUAAACGAGCUGAGUAUAAUUACCGGUGGCGUUCCGGCACCGGUGGAAGAAGUGGUUAUGCUGGUGGUGGUGGGAAUAGCAAUUAUUACUCUCAGUAUGGUUAUGGAUAUGGUAGAAGUGGGAAUAGCUAUGAGUAUAAAAGUAGGUCUGGGUUUAAUGGUGGUGGUGGUUUUGCGUCGAAGUUUGAACUUGCUAUUCGGAUUUUGACGGCGAGAUCUUCUCUUCUCAAUCUUGGAUUCGCAGCGGCUAUAUUAGGUGUGAUGAUUGUUGUUGAUACAAGUGGAGAAUCCCUAUGGAAGAUGCAAAAUUCUGGGAAAUCUUUUGAAGAAGCCAUGAACACCAUUGACAAAGCAAAAACGUAUAAAGAAAAUAACGUGAAUGAACGUCCUUGA